AUAAAUACAAACAGCAUUCUAUGCUAUUACCUUACUUGGCAAAAGAAAACUUCUUAUAAUAGGUCUCUUAACCAGCAUUACAGUUUCGGUCACAUCAAUAACUGUCACAGUUUUUGUGAGAAAGUUGGUCCUGGCACUAGCCUUCCGGAACCAUAAGGAGAUUCAUUAGCAUUGAAGCUUGUGGCCAAAUUUCCGGAGACGCCAAGACUGGCCAUCUCUUUCACUUUCCCUUCCUUCACCGUAUUUCAUCACCCAGCCUCUCGCACAGACUGCCGGGCUCAAUCCCGGGAGCAGGAACAGCGUACCACAGCACAGGGCAGCCAAAAUAUACUAUUCCCUCCUCCUCCUCAUCUCAUACAAAGCCCUCCGCUAACGCCACUUCUGCAGCAAACCACUCCCACCUCAAUCCACGCAAAAUGUCCUCCCCCCCACCUGAAGUCCCUGAAGAAGUCGACGUAGUCAACGCAAUCGCACCCCCCGACAAACUCCACAUCCGCUACUCCAAUGAAACCACCAGCAAUCGCCGCUGGCGGCACGUCCCCUUCGACAUCUCCGCUAUUACACCUGGCGACAUCGGCGGCCUUUACGCCGCGCUAUGCAGCACAAUUACAACCGACCUGCAGCGUCUCCAGUACGAACGCAAGCUAGCCUCUAAGCGCGCCAGCUCCUUUGGCAUAAGCUCACCGGCUCCUGGGGCGGAAGCCCGGUAUGAGCCCCUCAACUGCGAGUUGAGAAUCGAGUAUUGUAGGCUCUUGGACAAGAGUGGGAAGCUGGUGCUGCCGCCGCUGGGGAAGGCGAAUGUUGUGGUUGCUGAAAGUAAAGAGGAUUGGGAGAGAGCGGGGGGGAGGUCAAGGAGGAUGGAUUUGGUGGAGUGGCUGCUGAGUGCUGCAGUGGUUGGAGUGGUUGGGGCCACUAGCGAGGAGGGAGCGGUGGCGUGGGGAGAGGAGGUGUUACAGGGGUUGUUGUUUGAAGAGGGUGUUAAUUGGCCGUGGUAUAGUAUUUCAGCUAGCUUUGUGUUCGGUAUGUAUCCAUGCCUAAGCAUCGCUCGGGGGUGCACAAUGCUAAUCCUUUUCUUUUUUUGCUUGUAUCUAGAGUCACGUUUAGACUUGGUCUUAAAACACCACGCCGGCCUGGCGGCAUCAGGAAUCGAUCCACAAACCUUCUUUCCAAUUCCGCCCCCACAUCCAGCUAAAUCACCAUCUCCUCCCGCUGUCCCGGAGAAAGACGCCAAGCCCGCUCCGGCAGCGGCGGCACCAGCAAAUGCAAGCAGAAGUCGCAAGGUCGAGCUAGUGAGAGCGAAGUCUAAGAGCGCCUUCACCAUGAAGUCACUUAUCAAAAGCUAGCCUCUGCUCUCUCUCCCUCUCUCUUUUCUUUUUUCCCGCCUCAUCAUGUCGUGUUUCAGAGACCCAUCUUUCCCUUUUUCCCGCUUAAAGUGAAUCUUCACGACUGCCAUCUGAUGGAAAGGCCUCUCUAUGUUUUGGUAAACUACCGCUAUGGUGGCACUCUAGCAAUAGUCUAUUUAUACACCUCCAUAACCUUCAAUACGUCACCGCACCACAGUACCGUGCUCUCUCACUCAAUAUUUCAAGAAACCUCGUACCGCAGCAGGAGGAAAGCAUACAACAGUCUCCCAAAGUAGCCCAGCCAAUACACCGCUGGCAAGACCGCAACACCCUACACGGGGGUGCAGCCCCGUAUCGUAUACACCCAAACCCACUUCGAGACCAAACAGUUAUCAACACCCACUCCAUACCCCGCCCAUGCCCAGAACAUACCACAACCCCAUCCUACCCCAUCUGCUCUCGUACGAUACGCAUGCCCACUAUAACCGUCUCCAGUUAAUCCCCCAAAUCCCCUUCGCAUGGCUCCAAGCGAGCAGACAUGAUACGGCAACAUCCGGACUCAUACGGUAUACAACCUACCGCAGCUAUAAACAAGAGGCCAAUCCUUAAACAGUUGAAGGACCUAACAAAAAAGUAUAUAAUAUUAUUAUAUAAAAAAAAAUAGAGAACCAUCCCCGUUUUCACUC